GUUCAGUUGACCCAAGGAGCGUCAGUUUUUUUAUGACAGUUCGCGAAGCUUUUGUCAAACAUUUUGUAAUAUUUGUUAUAUGCACUUUGAUAAAUAAAAAUUGUAUCGGUUUUUUUCUGACGAAAACAAGGUAAUUUGGGCUUACUGUGGUCGGCAAUAUAAUACAAAGGUUAAGGCUUAUAAUUUUUUCUUUUAAAGCUUUUUGGCUUUUCUCAGGUGAUAGAAAAUAAUUUUAUUUGCAACUAUUAACACUUAUUUCUCCCCAAGAUGCAGUCACAGCUAGAAGCAGCCUUAUUAGGCCAUUCUUCUAGCGUUACAAACCCUAAUGCCGAAGAAGACGAAAUUAAUUCGGUUGCGCACGAAGAAGAAACUGAAGUCGAAGAUUUUAUUGAUGAGGUCUUUGCGUUUUGUAUUUGUAGCUUUUAUUUUGUAGCUGCACGUUGCAUGAAACUUUAACUUUGUUUUAAUUUGUAAGUUGGACAACAAUAUUUUAUUUGAUUUAUGUUUUUCUUGAGUAGCUUUUUGCUUUGUUUUUAUUUACCACUGUGUAUUAACCCGCUGGUUAUUUUAAAGGAGGUUGAGGGUGAAGUGCCUAGCAAACAGGUGAAACAAAAUGCUACCACAAAUAACCGAACAGUUACCCUGCAGAUGCUUUUAUCGGCUGGGAUUCUAGAUCCAGGGCCUGGUUAUAUGACCAUUGAAUAUUUAGGUCAAAGAUUUGCAGGUGAUCUGCUGGAAGAUGGAAAAAUAAGAAGCCAAGAAACUGAUAUAGUAUUUGCUUCUCCCAGUGCUUGGGCCAUAGCUUGUAAACGGUUUAUAAACCCAGAUAAAAAAUCUGGGUGUGGUUGGGCUUCAGUGAAAUACAGGGGAAGAAAAUUGGAUGCCUACAAAAACGUUUGGUACAAAAAGAAGAAGGAAGACGAAAAACUUGAAAAAGAAGGGUUGAAUUUAGAACAGCUGCUGCAGAAAAAUAUGGCGAAUACAAUGAUGUAUCAAAGAAUUGUAGUUAAACAUAACACAAUUGCUAAUAGAACUUUAACACAUGACGCCAACACUAUGGUAGAAUGUGUGCCUUUUUCUAAUUUGGGCAAAAUACAACCAUUUUUGGUUUCUCUAAACACUAAUGCUGCUUUAUUGAUGGAUUUUCAUUGCCAUUUAAUGAAAUCUGAAGUUUCUGGUUACUUGGCAGGUCAUUGGGACGUUAAUGCACACAAUUUGCAAAUAACCCAUGCCUUCCCAUGCAGAAACGGAAAAUCAGACAGGGAAAACGCCGCGAACGUGGAGGCAGAAAUAGCUAAAGAAAUCGAAAAGGAAAAAUUAACUUUGGUGGGUUGGUACCACUCGCACCCGUUCGCUGCCGCAGCACCCACCCUGCGCGACGUCGAUGCGCAGUUGGACUACCAAAUCAGGAUGAAAGGCACAUCUGAUAAUAGCUAUACACCGUGUAUAGGGAUUAUACUUUCGCCCUAUAACUAUGAAAACACCUCUUUGGAAUCGAGUAUCAUAGCUUAUUGGGUGAUUCCGCCGCCGGAGGCAAAGCCAAAUGAAUACGGCCGCCCAAUGCUCAUGUCGUACAGCGUCUUACAAGACUCUCUACUCAACAACCACAUUAAAGAGGAGAUGAAAAAAUGCGUGGAAUAUCAUCGAAAAGACCCGGAAUGCAUAAACUUCUCCGAGCGUUUUGUUAGCACGACCCUUUACAUCGACAAGCUAAAAAGCACGUUGAUCUCGAAAUUCCCGCGGGACGAGAGCGAGACCGUCUUCUGGAGGUUUAUAAGGGAAAUUUUAAAUUGCAACAUAGAAGAGAAGGAAUCCCUGUUGUCCAUACCGAGCGUGAGCAAGUCCAGUUUGCUCCCAACACUAACGCCGCCUGUUAGUUUGAGCUCCAACUUCAGUUCGAUGCUACCUUCGGACAUAUCCACUCUCCUAUUCAACUCCGGCAAGUUUCCCAGUGCCAGCAGCAUGUUGGGUCUGCCGGACCCAAUGGCGCACAGCACUCUAGCCGCCAAUAACAUGUUCUUGUCGACGAAUUUGUUCAAAAUGCAGGAACUGCUUAAACCUCUGUCUGCCAGUAGUCCUUUACCCAAAUCUAAAGAGCACAAACAAUCUUCUCCUCUCAAGAUUCCCACCGACCUGAAAAGCAUUAAGAACGAUUUUUCCAUGGACUUGAUGAAUUUGAAGAACAAAAUGGAGAUAUCCGUUUCGGAGUUAAACCUAUCCAAGAUCCAAAGCAAAAGUUUUGACUACAGUUUAUCCAGCACCAAGACCAGCAAGGACUCAAGCAAAGACUACAUCGACUACAGCAUGCCAAGCACUAAAACCAAGGAGUCACAGAAAGAUGUUUCUGACUACAGCGCUUCUAGUCUCGAUUCAUCAAAGCAAGAAUUCUCACUACCGGAUUAUAGCGCCUCAAAAACACCCACAGAUUUUUCUCUAAAUCUGAGCAGCAAACCGACAGAUUUCAGCGAAAAACCCGCCAAAAUACCAAAAAUGGAUUACUCCACUUUGGAUCUAAGUCUCAGUAAAGACCUGACCACCUUAAGGGAUCUUUCCUCUUCUGCAGAUUUAUCUGCCAAAGAUUUUAGCAUGCCCAAAGAUGUCAAUGUCAGUAAAAUUGAAGCCACUGAUUUGUCAAAUGCUCUUUCCGUAGCUUCGGAUUUAAGUUUGGCCAAUUCCGAGGAUGCUCCCCUUAAUUUAGCUGGCUGAAUUAAAAAUAAAAUGUAUUUGUAAAUAAAUAUAAUAGGCAGUUUUGUAUUUAAUUAUUAAGUUAAAAUGGGGUAAAGUUACUUUGUUUUUGUGAUAUUUUUUAAAGAAAGGAAUACCUAAAUCUUAUUUAAUGAUUUUUACAAUUUUACAAUCUAAAGAAUCACAUAUUUAAAAAACUUACAGAUAGUUAUGGUUAAAAAUACAUUUCUUUGUAAUA